UUGGUCACAGAGCUAUCCAAGAUACUGACAGGACCACACACAAUGAUGAAUGACAGUUCGGGUUGGCCUAACCUCACAGACUUGUUUGGCCAGCUUCCGACCGAUGGCUUCAGUGCUGAGAACCUUGGUGAUGAGAACUUCAUCCGCUUCUGGUUCCUGAUCAGACUGCGGCCCCUCCUACCUUCAGUGUCAGAGGAGUACCUAUCCUGCCUCAGCACUAGAGACUUCAGCUGUCAAGCCUACCAAGCCCUUGUCAUGGGGCUGAGUGAUCACAUCUCAUCGAUGGAUGAGAUGAGACAGAAACUGGUCUACACACGCUUCAUUCACCCAUUCCUCUCACAACACCGAUAUUCAGAUAUGAUGGGAUGUCCUUCCAAUGGGAGUUUGGAUUCAAUUAAGAGACAUUUUGGGAGAUUUUCAAUUUUCGCACCGCUACAGCACUUCUUUGAUGUGCAAAGAAACUUUUCUGCACUGGAGGCCCUGCCAGCUCUCUCUCCAAAGCAGUUAGCAGAACUGGUGCUGAUGCCCCACACUCCAACUCCACAGAGAGAUGACAUCAUCAACAGAGUCUUUGACCACCUCCACAACGACACCAGACUCCGAGACUUCCUCCAUGAGCUGCAGAUGCUAAUAAGAGGGGCUAGCCUUGAGUGUGAGUCUUUCACAAGCAUAUUCGACAGGCUGGAAAGGGCUGCUACAUCGGCCCCAUCUGAUUUGGGACCAGUCAUCAGAGACACACAGAACUCCGUAAUGGAUGCUGCUCCUCCGGGUUGCAACGUCGUUCCCUUUAAGUUUGGGUGCUCUAUGACCCCCCCAGUCAAUGAGAGCCACAUCUGUGCUGGAGUGAAUACAACUAAUCUGGAAAACUACAUUGCUGGCACGAAUAUGACCCUUAUGCUUUGCAACUUUACCAUCCAACAUUAUGCUUGCCUACCUCAGCGUACCCAGCUAAAACCAGAGCAACUCUCUGAGAUCCUGCAAUGCAAACUGUCAGGCAACCUGACCUAUCCCCAAAAAAUGUGGAAGUUGUUCUUCACCAAAUAUUCUGCAAUUCUUGAUGAGGCUCUUCACAGGUUUUCAAACAUGUCUUACCAGCCCAGCGGCCCAUCCAUCUCUCUGGUGCUAGAUGUAUUUGGGGAGGUAGUUAUUGACCAGUUUAGUCAACAUGACCUGAGAAGCCCAAACCACACC